CCUUUUCUUUAUUAUAAAAUCAUGAAUGAAUUAAACUGGAUGGAAGAAAAGAAGUCGAUGGAAGAGGUUCCUUACAUCAAUCAAGUCUUCAGCACAGAUCACAUAUCACCUCUACUUCCUUCUCCGCCUAUUGGAAAGGAAUCAUUUCUCUUACCAAGUCGCUCUUCUAGUAUAAGUGGUACACAAGCCAGUAGUUGGCACCCCCUUUGGAACAGUGGAGAUUCCAUCUGGAAGACAGAUGAGGAUUCAGUAGUUCGUCAAAGAAGUAACAGUAUGAUCCCUUAUACAACCGCCGCAGCUUUAGAAGACUAUUUUCAACCACGAAAAGGUUUACAGAAAAGACAUUCGGUAGUAUCAACAGAGUAUGAUUUUGUAUAUAGGCAAGAAGGUGUCUAUCGACCACCUACGCCACCCUUUCAGGAACCAGUAGUGAUCAAUCCUACAUCAGUGAGUGUAAAUGUUCAACAGUUGGGUAAAGGGACACCUAUACAUCAAGUAAAGAGUAAUCAAAUGUAUCAAGUUCAAUUCAAGUUGAAUCGAAACGAUUACUUUUAUUUGAAUAAGCAUGAAAAUAUAAAAGUGAAUGACUACGUGGUUGUAGAAGGCGAUAGAGGAUUUGAUAUGGGAAGAGUGAUUGAUAUAGUAGAAAAGAGAAAAGUAGCAGAUAAAUACAUCAAACAGUUAUAUUGUAAAGCAAGUAAUGUAGACAUAGACAACUACUUGACAAAAGAACAAGAAGAACAAAAGGCUUUAGCUAUUUGUCAAUGGAAGAUCAAACAAAAGAAUUUAAAGAUGAAAGUGAUAGAUGCAGAAUAUCAAUGGGAUCGUCGUAAGCUUACCUUUUAUUUUCAUGCCUCCGAACGGAUUGACUUUAGAGACUUGGUUCGUGAACUAUUCAAAAUAUACAAGACCCGUAUUUGGAUGUCUUGUGCAUAAAUAAAUUCAAUUGUUUCUAUUGGAUAGCUUAUAAUCGUCAUAUGGC